AUGGAAAUGGCUUCUAGCCCUCGUUCCGUUGAAGAGAUCUUCAAAGAUUUCAACGCUCGUAGAACCGCUGUUCUUCGUGCUCUCACUCUUGAUGUUGAUGAAUUUUACGGUCUUUGUGAUCCAGAUAAGGAUAAUUUGUGUCUCUAUGGACAUGGGAAUGAAAGCUGGGAAGUGACUCUGCCAGCGGAGGAAGUUCCGCCUGAGCUACCUGAGCCGGCUCUUGGGAUCAAUUUUGCUAGAGAUGGGAUGAAUAGGAGGGACUGGCUUUCGCUUGUUGCUGUACACAGUGAUUCCUGGUUGCUUUCUGUUGCUUUUUACCUUGGAGCUCGUCUUAACCGCAAUGAAAGGAAACGUUUGUUUAGUUUAAUCAACGAACUUCCCACUGUUUUUGAAGUUGUGACCGACAGGAAGCCGAUCAAGGACAACAAGCCGGCAGCCGACAGUGGAAGCAAAUCAAGAGGAAGCACCAAGAGAUCAAGUGACGGGCAAGUCAAAAGCAACCCAAAGUUUCCUGCAGACGAGGGUUAUGAGGAGGAGGAAGACGAGCACAGUGAAACACUUUGCGGGACCUGCGGCGGAAAUUACAAUGCGGACGAGUUUUGGAUUGGCUGCGAUAUAUGUGAGAGGUGGUACCACGGGAAGUGUGUGAAGAUCACUCCUGCAAAAGCUGAGAGCAUAAAGCAAUACAAGUGCCCUUCAUGCAGCUUGAGAAGGCCCAGACCCUAG